AGGGAGAGGAAGAGAAGAAGGGGGAGAUCCCGAACAUCUGUCGUAUCCCACCGACUUUUGGAGUCACUGCCACAAAGAAGAGACAACGGAAGGCAGAGCAGACAACAGACCAUGACAGUGAGAGACUGCCUCGGACCGUGGAGACUAUCUCCCCGAGGGAGGCAACCUCUCGUCCUUCUACUCGGCAGUAGAAGUGGACCUCAGCACACUGAGCGAGCUGACAGAGAGCGUUCCCGGGAAGGACCCGUCGCGAGGGGACGGGACGCGGUCCAAACGGACGUGCGUGAGGGUGAGGGAGGGUAUCUCGCGGCUGGAGGAGAUUCUGGGGAACGGAGGAAGCACCAGCUCACCUCCCACCAGUCCACCAGAGGGCGUGGUCGGGGUGUCGGCUCUGGGGUGAGUAGUGGAGGAGACUCGACCAAGAGACAGCGGAGAACGGCCUACAGGAGCCAGUUCACGCAGAAGAGACGGAGAAAGCGUAGGAAACCUGAGGACGAGGCCCUGUGGCAACCGGCACACAAGAGCACAGCCACUGAAAACCGGCGACCCAUCUACGUCUUUUCUACAGACAUGGCCAACGCAGCUGCCGACGCAGUGCUCAAGAAUCGCUACGACUCCAUAAUUCAGUUUCACAACGCCCAACCCAAGGGACCCGGGUUCCUCAGACCCUCCACAAACGACACCGGGAGGAGAGAUGAUACUAACAACAGUAACGACGUCACUCGUGAUUCGUCUGAGAGUGACGACGAAGGUGAGGGAGGAGGAGCAAGGGGAGGGGGAAGUGGAGGGGGAGGGGGCAGAGGAGGGGGAGUGGUGAGAGGAGUAAACGAAGUGAACAAGGCUCCGAAACGGAGGUCUUCUCGUUUGAGCACCAGUGAGGAUACCCCCACCGCCAAGAGACUGAGGGGAGGUGGGCAAGCACGGAGAGGGUCGGAUAAUUCCAAGCAAACUCGGUACUCUCGCCGGUUGAGAAAGAGGCAGCAGGCGAGCAGCUCCCCACCGUCAUCUCCCGCAGAGUCAGCCAACCAAUCCAGUAGUGAGGAGGACGAGAGUGGGGCAGAGUCGGGCGGGUCUCCGGCACCUCUUCCUGUGACUCAACGAAGGGGAGGA